UAAAAAGGUUCUGAUGGUGGCUUCUACUGGUACAAGAAAAUGUAUUCAUCUUUGGCGUCCUUUGAAUAAUUUUGUCGGGGUACGGAUCAUCUCUUUGACUGUGUUUUCUCUCCAAACACGACGUCAACCAAUCCUUCCAUGGAAUUGGCGUCUUCAUCAUCCAAACUCCAACGGAAGUACGAUGUGCUCAUCAACUUUAAUGGAGAAGACAUCCGCAACAAAUUUGUUUCUCAUCUCGAUUCUGUUCUUUCUUCUGCUGGGCUCACCACUUUCCUUCACCACCCGAAUUCAGUGCCGCCAAUGGAUAUCCAACAACCUAUUCUCGAUCUCUGUCGGGUGGCAAUUGUUGUUUUCACCAAAACUUAUUCUCAAUCUGCUUGGUGUCUUCAUGAGCUUCAACAAAUCAUCAAAUGGCACCAAACAUAUUGCCGACAUGUUCUGCCAGUAUAUUACGAAGUCGAGCCAUCUGAUGUACGUCUUCAGAAGGGUAAUUUUGGAAAAGACUUAAAAACGACUGCACAGCAAACAUUUUCAGGACAACAACUGGAGGAUGGAAUUUCCAGGUGGAGCCACGCACUGACGAAAGCAGCAAAUUUCUUUGGAUGGGAUGAGAGCAAUUACAGGAGUGAUGCUGAACUAGUGGACAAAAUUGUUAAGAGCGUUCUUAAUUUAUCAGUCUUGUCUGCUACUAAAUUUCCAGUUGGAUUACAAUCCCGCGUGGAAGACGUGAUGCAAAUUAUAAACAAUAAAUCCACGAAAGUAUGUAUAAUAGGGAUAGGUGGACGGGAAGGAUCUGGCAAAACCACCCUUGCCAAAGCCAUCUACAAUACAAUUCAUGGUACAUUCAUGGAGAAAAGCUUCAUUAAAGAUAUUGCACAAGUUAGUCAAACAAGAGGGCACGUGCCUUUACAAGAACAACUUCUUUCAGAUGUCCUAAAAACGAAGGUGGAAAUACGUAGCGUUGAGAUGGGAAGUAGAAUGAUUCGGGAAAUACUUUCUGUGAAAAGGAUGCUCAUUGUACUUGAUGAUAUGAUCGAGAAGGGAUCUCCAUUUUUAGACCUAAUAAGGAAAAGUGGUACAUGGUUCGGUGCAGGAACUGUAAUAAUCAUGACAACAAAAGAGGAAGGCCUACUGAGCAUGCGUGAAGUUGAUUUUGUUUUUCGGAUAAAGCUAAUGAACCCAAACGAGUCCCUUGAGCUCCUUAGUUGGCACGCCUUUAGGGAAGCAAAACCAAAGGAAGAGUACAAUGACCUUGCGAAAGGAAUAGUUACUCGUUGUCAAGGACUACCUCUAGCUCUUGAAGUCAUUGGAAGUUAUUUAUAUGAAAGGACUAAAGAAGAAUGGAAUAGAAUAUUCUUAAAAUUAGAUAAAAUUCCUAUGCUUCGUGAAGUUGAUGGGAUUUUUACAAUAAGCUUCGAUGGUUUAGGCAAUCAAAUGGAAAAAUAUUUAUUCCUUGAUCUAUGUUCUUCCUUUAUGGGUAAGGGUAGAGCCUCUGCUACGAAUAUCCUAAAUAACUGUGGAUUAGACGCUGAUAGUGGAAUAAGAGUUCUCAUAGAGCGUAAUCUCAUACAUGUUGAAAGGAACAACAAAUUAGGAAUGCAUCCGUUGCUGCAAAAAAUGGGAAUGGAAAUUAUUUUUGACAUUCCAAGAAAGGAACCCGAGGUAGUGUGGUUUGAUAGGGAUGCAGAAUACGCACGGUCAGAGAAUACGGGGACAAAAGUCAUUCAUAGAUUGCCUGGGAAAAUGUUUUUUAGCAGAAGAGAUUUCUUCAAACCUUAUCCUUUAGAGGUAAGAGACCCAUCAAGACUGCUGAAACUUGCUGAAGAUUCCGAGUACCUUUCUAAGAAAUUGAGAAGGAUCAAUUUGCAAGGGUUUUCUCAAGAAUACAUACCUAACGCCUUUUAUCUGCAUGAUGCUAUAGUGAUUAAUUUAAAACACAGUCAUCUCCGAUUCUUCUGGAAACAACCCCAGGAUUUGACGUGGCUAAAAGUCCUUAAUCUUAGUCACUCCAAGUACUUGAUGGAAACCCCUGAUUUUUCCAGACUACCAAGUCUUGAACAGCUCAUUCUCAAAGAUUGUCCAGGAUUGUGUGAAGUACACCAAUCUAUUGGAUGUCUCAACAAUCUCAUACUUCUAAAUUUGAAGGAUUGUACAAGUCUAAGCAAUCUCCCUAUAGAGAUAUAUAAGUUGAAAUCUUUAAAAACUCUAAUUCUUUGUGGUUGUUCAAAAGUUGACCUAUUGGAAAGAGACAUAUUGAAAAUGGAAUCCUUGAUAAUUCUAAUUGCGCAAAAUACAACUGUGAAACAAGUGCCUUUUUCAAUUGUAAGCUCACAAAGCAUUGGAUAUAUAUCCCUACGUCGAUUUCAGGGAUUGUCACAUAAUCUUUUUCCUUCUAUCAUUCGGUUUCGGAUGCCACCAACAUUGAAUCCCCAAUCUUAUAUUCAUUCUUUCAUGAAUGUGGAGGAUAAUAUUUGGCAUGAUAUUGCACCAUUUCUUAGCAACCUUGCACAUCUUCGAAGUGUUUUGGUGCAAUAUGACGCAGAAUUUCAACUAUCUAAGCAAGUAAAAGCUAUAUUGGUCGAAUAUGGUGUAAAUAUUACAGAACCAGGAAUUUUAAAGCAUCAAUUCAGGUCCUCUCUGAUUGGUGUUGGAAGAUACAGAGAACUUUUCAAUAUGUAUCAGGUAUUAGCGAGCAGCGAGUUGAGUGAUGUUUCUCUCCCAGGUGACAAUAAUCCUUAUUGGUUGGCCCAUAUGGGUGAGGGAGAUUCUGUUUCUUUCACUGUGCCUCAGGAUCGUGUCAUGAAGGGAAUGGCUUUAUCUGUUGUCUAUUUAUCAACUUCCAAAACAAUUGAACCUGAAUUCACUUCUGUCUUUAUUGUUAAUUACACGAAGUGCACAUGCCAGAUACACAACCAUGACACAGUAAUUUCCUUUAAUGAUGAAGAUUGGCAUGGAAUAAUAUCAAAUUUAGAAUCCGGAGACAAGGUGGAGAUUUUCGUGACUGUUGUUCACGGAUUGGUGGCCAAGAACACAGUUGUCUAUUUGAUAUAUGGCGAAUCAAAUGACUUUGAAAAAGUGCCUGAGCCAAAGAAAAAUUCCCUCGUUAGAUUCAUAAAGAAAAUUGCAAUUUGAGUUCUAAUAACUCAUUUAUCUUCUUUGUGAACAUGAAGGUCGUUUUGGUUAUGGAAUUAACCGUAAUAUAGCUUAUAGUUAAGAAAUUCAUGUUUAUUUUACCAA